AUGAAAAGGAUAACUGGAGAACAUGAAUUUACAGUGGAUAUUGUACCAGGCUCAUCGUGUGCUGAAGCUCAGAUGGUAGAGUUGGAGGUGGUUCUAGGUCCCAACAAAACACAGCAGCUGCUAGGCCAUGCUGAAAUGGCCCUCAAACUUCAAAAGAAAAACAAAAGGAGAGAAGAAAGCAGCAGCAGUAGCAGCCGUGAUGAUAGCAGUGACAGCAGCAGCCGCAGCAAGAGUGACAGCUCCAGCAGCUCCAGCAGCUCCAGCAGCUCCAGCAGCAAGAGGAAGGGACGACGUGUGGGCAAAGACAGACAUGCCAGGGACAGUUCUUCCAUACGCAGCAGUAGCCAGAGCAGCAGCAGCGACCAGAGUGGCAGCAGCAGCCGUGACCAGAGCAAUGAGCGGAGCAGCAGCCGCAGCAGCAGCAGCAGCAGCCGCAGCAGCCGUGACCGCAAGAGCCAGAGCGGCAGUUCCAGUAGUGAAAGUGAUAGCAGUGUGAAGAGCAGAAAAUCCAGAUGGCAGCACCAGGAAAAGUCUGUCGAGGGCCGCUUCAUCCCAUGGGCUAAUAUGAAGCCCAGUUUAUUGGCAGAGCACAGACAUCCAGCAAUGCUUGUUGUUUACCGUGUCCUCUACACAAAUGGUGCUCAAGAAGGCGUCCUACUUAUGGGGUAUGAAGACUUUGACUCUGCUAGGCCCAAGAUACAAAUAGUUACAUCAAACAUCUCAAAACCAAGCAAACCAACAGCCUUCUUGGAAGCUGCACUUUUGGGCCCUCACAAAGGAAUGGCUGUUCUGAAAUUUGGCCAGAACUGCAAGCAAUAUGAGAUUAAAGCAGCCAUUGAGACUGGCUUGUUUGCCCAUCAUCCAGCUUUGCAGAUGACGUUUAACUACGCCCGAGUUCCUUCAAGCCUGAAAAAGAUUGCAGACUAUGUUGCUUAUUCAGUUUUCCCAGAAAUGGUUGUCAGGCUUGGCCUCUCUCCAAAAGAACAGAGAAACUCCCCUGGCCAGAUCAAGAUGAUUACAGUUGCAAGUCCUCCAGAAAAUUACAAUGUAAUUCUUAAAACACCACAUACAAGCACCACUAUUUCAGAUGUCACAUUGCCAUUGUCAUGGUCUGAAGGUAGAGUUGACUCAGCCACACAUCGAAACUUGCUGGAUUUUAUCCUUAAUAAUCACAGAGGUAUUUGUUCAAUAUAUCGUAACAAUCUUACAACCUUCGCUGGAGCUGAAAUCCAAACCCUACAGGUUCCAAACUGUCCUCUGAUCUUGGCUAAGAAUCGUUAUCAGCAUAAGCAGUUCUCUGUGAUGAUGACUCAGCGAUCCAGCGAUGACAUCACAAAAGUUCUUAUAUUUGAAAGUCAUGACCAAGAAAUUAAAUUGACUGUUAAGAAUGAAAAGUUCCAAGUAGAAAUCGAUCGUGUUCCAGUUCCUCUUCCAGUCCACCUCAAACGUGAUUUCUCCAUUACAGUCACAGAGAAGAAAGGUCAACUUUUACUCACCAUUGAUGAUAAAUUAAAGUGUUACUAUGAUGGACAGAAUAUCACGAUUGAAGCUGACCCAACAAUGGCAGGACAAUUACAGGGGAUAUGUGGACGAUUUGAUGGUGAAAAGGACUUCCGGACACCAAGUGGAUACAUAGCUAAAAAUGCAUUGAGCUUUGUUCAGUCUUGGGUACACACUGAGGGACCCUGUGAGGAAGACUGCAACCUGCAGCACUCAUUCGUGAAACUUGAAGAUACCAUCGAGUACCUGGGUCAACAGUCAGAGUGUUACUCUGUUCAGCCUGUGCUGAGAUGUCGUAAGAAUUGCGCAGCAACUUCUACCACUCCCAUUUCUGUCGCUCUGCAUUGUCUGCCAGCUGGUUCCACAACAAACUUACUUGAAACACAGAUGAGACUUGACUUGAAGUCCGAAGACCUGGAGUAUUUGAUUGAAGUUCACAGGUCAUGCUCUUGUGAACAUCAACGAUGUGCCUCAUCAGAUUCUGACCCAGAAAAUUAGAAACCUGUAGCAUUGU